CGCCGCGCCGCAACGAGCACGUCAGUCCGCGCGCGCGGGCCAUGGUCGCGAGAACCGAUGAGAGCAUGUUCGGGUGCUAUGGUGACAGCUACUCGUACCGCCUGUGGAGCCUGGCCAACGUGUGGGGCGCCUGCCGAUGUGAGUAGCGCGCCGCCAGCAGCCCGCAGUACACGUGCCCCCCUCGAUACUCAAACUAGGACUUUUACCGCUGACGUCAGCGGAGGCUGUGAAAUCUCGGUGUAACACAACGUAGAUGCGAUUUCUACACCGCGAAGUGCGUACCGCGUUAUUAGAUAGCCCGUGGCCGCGGUCAGUGACGUGUGAGAACAGAGGUGUCGCUCGAUGAAAGUGCAGAGCUCGUUAAUGGGAGUUGGCGGUUGGUACGAAUGCUUGGCGGCCGGUUGGCUUGCGGACAUGAGGAGUAAGCAAGUCCCAACGUCUACCACCUCGGCCAGGCGGCUUGCGGCCCUAAUCCGCCCACUGGCAGGCGGAGGGUCGGAAGGCAAACCGUCUGAAGAAGAGGAAGAGAGAGGUGGCUCGCCCCUAGGCCCUGGCGGUCCCUUCUCGUGCAGCCAGUGCCGCGGAGCCUACCCGACGCGCGAGCAACUCGAACGUCAUGAGACCCUGCACGCGCCCAACACACAGGUGGAUACAAUCAAAUAUUCAUGCAAGAUCUGCCACAAAAGCUUCGCCAACGUAUACAGACUACAGCGGCACAUGAUCAGCCACGAUGAAAGCGCGCUGCUGCGCAAGUUCAAAUGCAACGAUUGUGACAAAGCUUUCAAAUUUAAGCACCAUCUCAAAGAACACUUACGGAUACACAGCGGAGAGAAACCAUUCGAAUGCGCAAACUGCGGCAAAAAGUUUUCUCACUCGGGUUCCUACUCCAGUCACAUGACGUCUAAGAAGUGUCUCGUAAUGAACCUGAAAAUGGGACGAAUCAAACCCAACAACCCUGCUUUGAACCCAGAAAGAAGUCCAUCACGAAAAAGGACUAAUGCUAUGGUGGCCUCACAGUUAAAUAACAAUAUGUCACCAAAUGGAAAUUCCUUUCUUCCAAUGCCUGCUGCCUUCUUUGCUUCGAUGUCUUCUCAAGAAAGUAAUUUUCAUCGCCCUCCUUUGGGGCAGCCAGGUAUUCCUUUCUACUUACCUCCUGGUAUCCCUAUGAGUCCAGCUGGUGGUAUAGCUCCUUACAGCUUACCAGCAUCUCUCAGCCAAAUCUUUGAGCAGCUUGCUUCAUCGCAAUAUCAACCAAGAAAGUUGGAAAAUCCUGCUAGCCCGAAACCAACAAGCCCGCCCACAGCAGACCCAGAAGAUCUGAUAGAAGAAAUAACUGAGGACGACGAUAAACGUUCAGAAGGAAGCGCUGAACUAGUAAUGGAUAUUGAAGAUGAAGAAGCUGUGUCAAUAAAAAAGGAACAAGAGGAACGAAAUGCCGAUGUAAGAUCUCCAUCUCGCAAUUAUGAAGCCGUCCCUUUGAACAAUAACGCCGAUCAUUCAAAUUUUAAUUCAAUACUAGAAUCUGUGAGCGCAUCCGUCACCAAACAUUUCUUUAGAGCAAACAUGGAAAAGCUGUCUCCCGUUUCGGGUAACGUUUGCCCUAGUAUAGAGUCUCCGCCCAUUUCUCAAGUCGUAGUGAAAGAGGAGCCCGAAGAAGCACAAAGAUGUUUAAAAUGUAACCUAACUUUCUCAAGUAAGAGUGAGUUAUUAGACCAUGAAAAAGCUCCCUGUGGAAAUAUGUUUAGAAAACACGAAGGUUUGGCAGCUCAAGUAGCCGAAACGGUAGCUCUUAGAUUGGAAGCAGAAAUACAUGCUUCCAUACAAAAUGGAAUAAGUGCAAGCGAAGACGAAGACUUUAAUAGAGACGAUCGCGAUGAUAAGAUGUCAAUACAUGACAAUGAUAGGAAAAUUAGAGUUCGCACAGCGUUAAGUGAAGAGCAACAGUCCGUUUUGAAGGAACAUUAUUCUUUAAACCCACGACCGAAUCGCGAGGAAUUCAAAAGAAUAGCCCAACAGAUCGGCUUAGAUAAUAGAGUAGUGCAAGUUUGGUUCCAGAACAAUAGAGCUAGAGAACGACGUAUGACGCAAACAAUCACCGCAUCUGAUCAACCAUUGGAUUUGUCUACCAAGAAGUCAAAUCCAUCAGUUACAUCAAGUCCGUCGCCAUCGCCGCCAUGCAGCAUUUCCGUGACACAUUCCGACUCGGAGGAGGCUGUAAAUCUUAGCCAAAAAUCGUCGCGAAGUACUACGCCUCAUCGUACCAACUAUUUGAAUACUUAUCCACAUUCCAAUUGCUCUUCAUCUUCAUUCACCGACUUUCGAUUGUCUCCUUCGCCAGGAGAAACAAUGAAUGGACAAAAAAGAUUACUACCCCAAAAACUACAUGUGAACCCUUUAGUACCCAUGGACAAACUUCUACAAUACAACGACAUGGCCCAUGCAAGAUCUCCUAUUCUUAACAUGCAUCUGACUUCGGACGUCAAUAGACAAGGUUCGAGUCCGUCAUACGAACGUCCUCCGUGGGAUGAAAUCCAAACAUCCAAUGACAUAGAUGAAGAAGCUACAGUACUUAAAAAGAGCAAACUUAAGCAAGGGUCAGAGUUUAAGGAAAGCGAAGGACAAUUCGUGUGUGAUCAGUGCGAUAAGACCUUUGUCAAGCAAAGUUCGCUCGCCAGGCACAAAUACGAACAUUCAGGUCAACGACCGUACAAAUGCCUAGAAUGUCCCAAGGCAUUCAAACACAAACACCACCUAACUGAGCACAAACGCCUUCACACCGGCGAGAAGCCCUUCCAGUGUUGCAAGUGCUUCAAAAAGUUUUCACACUCCGGCUCCUACAGUCAGCACAUGAACCAUCGAUUCGCGAUCUGCAAGCCCUACAGGGACUAACCACUAUAUGCAUCACUGCACUGGUUCAAGUCAAAGUCUGGUAUCGAUUUCGUUAAAUUACUUUACAAAUUCUAUUGCACUUGUUAAAUUCUAAACAGCACUUAAUGUCAAGACAAAAGCAAGUUAAAAUCUUUGAAUUUUAUUGAUUGAUAGCUAUGAUCUUAAGUAUUUUAUUAAUGGUCGACCUAAGUUACAUAUUUUUUGGAACGAAUGCCACACAUCGAAGGCCUACCUAUUUAAUAAAUUCAUCGAUAGAGAUCUGAAUAUUCGCUCGGUGCUGUGACUCAUGAGUGUUUCAGUAGCUAAACACGACACAAAUCACAUAAUAAUACCUAGGUACCUACUGUAGAUACCUACUCAUACAAUAAAGUAUUCAUUGCCCGGUAUUUUCGUUACAAACUAAAUAAGGUCAUUGCUCAACAUCACAAUAUUUUUAUAAUUAUAUUUACUGUAGAAAAUAAUUUGAAUAUCAAAUCCUAAUUACAUUACAACCAAAGUAAUGCCAAAUAUCUAAAUAUUUCAAGUGCCAUGUUAACACGCCAAAAAUGUUAUUCUUAUUCAUACCUAGUACCUACGGCUAAAUGAUUUAAUUUUAGGUUUAACUAUUUAUAUAAGUAGGUAAAUACAAUACCAAAGGUCAGUACCUGUAGAAUACUCCUGUAUGAUUACAUCUUAUUUUUUAAACCAUGUGUUUAGGUAGGUCAGUAAAAAAGUUCUUAGCUUAGCAUCUACAACAUAAGUACAAUAAAUAAUACGUACCUACAUACUUUGGGUCAAAUUUCGGUUGAUAAUAGGGAAAUUUGUGGCAAUGUAUAAAUAAAUAUUUUUUUUAUUUUACACACGAGACGAGACCCACAUACUAUCUCGAUAAAACGAGUUAUUUUCCGAUAGAUUCACUAAUAUACCUAUAUGUUGUCUAUAUUUCAAUUUCUGGUAUGGUGCCUACUAUGUUAAAAAUUUAAAACAAUAAUAUGGUACCUACACUUUAUAAACAUACUUAAAGUUACAUAAAAAAUUUAAUACCUAGGUACCUAACAUAAACUUUCCAAUUCCAGCAGUAGUACAGAAUUUAUAACCGAAUAUAAUUAGAUAACUUCAUCAGCAAGCUACGUAUAACUCGGUUGAAUCUCUAAAAUUAAUAACUUACAUAAGUUUUUUUUUCUAAAUAGGUUUGUAUCGUAUUACGAACGAAUCGAGUUCGUUCGCGCAUUAGAUAUCUGUGUAAUUUCUCGUUGCUUUAUUAUCUACUCGCCAUUAAGAUGAUGAUGAUCAGUCUAAGUUGAUCGUGUCUUUGAGUGAGAAAUACUCAUUAUUUCUAUAAAUUACACAAUUCGGGAACUUAAUCCCGCCGUAACCAAAUUUUAAUAUGUUUCGUCCCGGCUAUUCUACUACGGCACGGGGCACGUCCUAGGGAGAUACAUUUUAUUAAUAUAGAAUGAGACUAGUGAUCGCCGUGUCAGUUAACUAAGACCGAGUUAUACUAAGGCUGGCGCUUUGUUUAUGGUUUAAAUAAAUAAUAAAUAGCUAUAAAGCGUCUUCAUCACGUGGAAAUGAAAUUUGCCUAAUGUAAGCUCUGGAUUAGCUAUUUAUUAAAACUGUCAAGUAAUUCAUCAAUGUAAGCAUUAAGCGAUGUACAUUCAGCAAGGUAUGCGAUUAAUUCACAAUAAAGUAAACUUCUAAUGAUAAAUUGGAUGAAUACAAUGUUUCAAGAGAUCGAUUUAUUCACUGUUAGCAAAACAUUUUAAUAUUUAAUAAAAUUAAGCUUCUCGUAUUGUAAAACUUACCUACGUAUUAAGUGUUUAGAUAGAUUCAAUCUUAAUAAUUAAGUUUUAAGCAUUCCAUAAUACUCCUAUGGGAUCUCUGCUGUGUUUAAAAAACUCUUUAAAUUAGUCAAAGUUAUCGUCUGUUAAGCUGUAAAUAAAAAAUGUAUAUAUAUUAAGCUAUGUGUAAAUAUGAUCGCUUUGUUGCCUGUUCUUAUUCAGCAGCGGUAGGUACAUACAUACAUAGGUUUAGAAUGAAUUGUGCGUUACUUCAACGUUACUGCAACACAACAACCAAUGGUGACAAUAAUUAACAGCUAUUUAUUGAACGCAAUACGAUGAAAUAAAUAUUAUAUAGCUGUAUUUCAAAUUUACAAAUAUUCGCAUAUAUAUAUAUAUAUAUAUAUAUAUAUAGAUUUACAUAAUCAUACAAAAUAUCGAAUACAAGCUUCAUUACUUCCGAGUUUUUAUUUUCUAUGAAUUUGAUUACAAAGAAACCUUGUUGUUGAUGUGUGAUGUACUUAACUUUACGUAUUUUGUUAUAAGAAAUCAUGUUCAAUCUGUCGCAACACAAUUAUUAUAUUAGAACAGAAAGUUCCUACACAAAAUACAUUUAAGAGAUACCUAGCGAUUGUUUCUAUAUUUUAAUAAAUGUAAGUACCUAGUUAAAAUUAUUCUUUAAAGGUUUCAAUGCAACGAAUUACCUAAAUAAUUACAAGCAGUAUAUACAUAAUACUCUAUUGUAUUGUAGUGUACCAACAGGAAGCUUGACAUUCUUCAGACAAACAGUAUUUAUCGGGAUAUAUUGCAGUUACUUUGCUACUAAACCUUCAUCAUUAACUAUUGAAAAUUAAGCACAGUAUUCAGUGUACUCCCUGACUUCACUGAUAAUAAUUAUAAUACCCAAUAAGAUUAUCUGCAUAUAUGUAUGUGUAUUACCUGAGCAUGCAUGUUAUAGUAAAGACUACAUACUUGUCUCAUCUAUCUCUUCUACUUUUAAAUUCGACCUAAGUGAUCCUGUUUGAAUAAUUUAAUAUUUUAUUGUAUUUUUAUUAUAAGCUAUUUCCAAAUUGUGACCGGUGGGCUAGAUAAACCAAAGAUUAAUACUAUUUUAACAAUAAUAUGAUGUGGAAAUCUGUAAAAUAUAAAUAUCCCAUCAUUUAGCGGUAGGUUAGUUUUACUUGUGCCAAAUGAUAAUUUUAAGGCUUGAAUAUAACUUUUUAUAUCAGAAUUUUAUUUUUACAUGACAAGGCAUGAUGUACUAUACAGAUUUGAUUACUUGUGCAAUAUGAUAUUGCAGAAAAGUAUUUUCCUUUUAUGAUUGUAUGAUGAUAUAGUUUUAAGUAUAACAGAUAGCAAAUGUGAAUUCCUAAUGCCAUAUUUGUCUUUGUUGUAUUUCAAAUGUUGUGUGAUUGGAUGCUGACUGGGUGACAGCACAAGGUUGCUGAAUUAUUGUUAAAAUAAGUAAACUAGUUUGUUAAACUUACCUAUAGAUUAACAUGUGUUAAAAUAUUGCCUAUAUAAAUUAUAGUAAUUCAUU